AUGCAAGGAAAUAUAUUUGCAAGCCUACUUGAACGUGUGGCUUCUGUGCCGCAUCGAAGUAUUACAUCGCUGCCGUAUGGUCAGUGGUUUAGUCUCUACGUUCAAGCAUUAACGGAUGCCCGGAAGGACGAAGGAAUCUCACGCGACAAGUUGGAGUUGCACGCGGCACGGCGCGCUUUGGAUGUGGCUCUUCUGAGUAGUGUUGUGUCCCAAAGGUGGACCGAUGUCGUUCUUCCCAACACAAGUAGCAGCACGACGAGCACAGCAUGGUGCCAGGAGAGCAUAGAGACGCACUGGCUUCAUCCUUCAAGUGUGAUGCAUGGGCGGGAACUUGUGACGACGUCGUUUCUCGUUGAACCGUUGUUGGCUGGUCGGGCCAUCGACUCAUGGACAAGGGCGGUGAGGCAAGGAGGCGCCUCUCCCAUUGUCGCGGAAGGUGGUGCAACGGAGGACGAGGAAGCGCCAGUCCCAAAGGGAACGAUAGUGAUCCCCUUCACUGCAUUGUUUCAGCUAAGGUGUGAGGCUUAUUUGCAGCCUUCGCCGUCUUUAGCGUGUGUAGGAGAGAAGAAAGCGCCGCAGUCUUCUUUUUCUCUUCAAGAACGCAGUGCUCGCCUCACAGCUCUACAAUCUGUGCAUCAUCUAAUGGAGUUACAGUCUGGAAGUCAACGUAGGUCGCGUGCUCGAUUUGUGAUCUGGAGCCCUGUGAGUGAGUUUGACGCCAUUAUGCUGAUCUCUCGGAUACGUGCGGGACUGCCAGGCCCUCUGGGCAGCAUCUUUUCCUUGACACAUGUCUGCGAGCACGAGGCGGUGCGGACUGCCUAUCUUGCGCAUUACCUCACUUUCGCUACCAAGGGGGCGCCACUGACUCUGUUGGCUCCGCAAUCACAAUCCGCAAGGCUGCAGAAGUUGGGAAUUACGAAUCGUUGUGUCAGGAGCCAAUUGACGCCCGCUGCGGGGGAGCGGCGUCGUGAUUGUGGUGACCCAAAGAGUGGAUCGCUGCAUCAACAAGCCACGAAGAGUUGUGGGAAGCUUGUGCGACGUAUGUCAACGCGUGAAGAGAACCUGCGGCAUAUCCUUAUUCCAUAA